GCUACCAUUUUUUCCCGUAUUGUUUUCAUGGCCGUUUCGAACUUCUUCCCUAACCUCCAAAUUUUCCCUCACUUUCUCGUGCCCCAACCAUUUUCCCUCGGACUUUCCCGCACUUUCCCUGUUGCGACUCCUCUAUGCAGGGCUUUCCGAGAAUGGCGGGAGUACGAGGAGGCGGUGAAGCGGAAGGACCUCGCCGGAGCUCUGAGGUUCCUGAAGUCCCUUGAAAGCGAACGCCAAGAGCCGCUCGUUGACGGCGUUUCUCCGGCAACUGAGUUGACUCGGCUACGGUUCCUCGAGUCGGAACGGUUCGGGCCGCAGAGGGAUUGGGAGGUUCUAGACACGUGCUUGAACGCUGACGACAUGAAGCUUGUUGCUAACGCUUACAAGUUCCUCAAAGAUAGGGGUUUCUUGCCCAAUUUCGGUAAAUGCAGAAACAUUGUUUUGGAGGGACCGAGGAAAGUGACACCAGAUGUCUUGAGCUACUCAACUGGUUUAGAAGUGACUAAACUUGCUCCCAAGAAGUGGGGUCUUUCAGAUGGUUCAAAUAUUGUUUUGGCUGCAUUUCUUGGUGGUGUUUCCUUUCUUAUAUCACAAGGAAUUGACCUCAGGCCCAACCUUGCAGUGGUAUUGGGGCUAGCUGCUGCAGAUGCUAUAUUUCUUGGCGGUACUUGUUUAGCUCAAAUCUCAAGUUAUUGGCCACCAUUUAGGCGCCGAAUUCUUGUUCAUGAAGCUGGACAUCUAGUAACAGCUUACCUAAUGGGUUGCCCAAUUCGAGGGGUGAUUUUAGACCCUAUAGUUGCAAUGCAAAUGGGCAUUCAAGGACAGGCAGGGACUCAAUUUUGGGAUGAAAAACUUGCCAAUAACCUUGCUGAAGGCCGACUCGAUGGUACAACUUUUGAUAGGUACUGCAUGGUACUUUUUGCUGGUAUUGCAGCUGAAGCUCUUGUAUACGGUGAGGCAGAGGGUGGAGAAAAUGAUGAAAAUCUAUUUAGAGGCAUCUGUCUUCUUCUUGAUCCUCCGUUGUCAACAGCUGAGAUGUCCAACCAAGCAAGAUGGUCAGUUCUGCAGUCAUAUAAUUUGCUCAAGUGGCAUAGAGCUGCGCACCGAGCUGCUGUUAAAGCAUUGGAAAGCGGUGGCAGCAUGAGUGUUAUAAUUAGGAGUAUCGAGGAGACUCUGUAUUGUAAAAUAUGAGUAUCAGAAGCUUAUACAUAAGAAACAUUUUAUUUUUUCAAGUUGCUUACAGGUUCUGAAUAUGGAUCUGACGUGAAGCUGCUUUUACUCCUGUAUGUACUACAUAGCAUAUUAUGCAGAUGGUCCACAUCUGUUACGCGUUGUCUACCAAAGCAGACAGCAAUUAAAGGAAUAAUUUCUGUUCCAACAAGUGACCGUUAUGUCUCGAGGCUGGACCCAUCUUUCACCCAAUAAGUGAUACCAGUAGAGACAGUCAUCGUGAGAACGGUAGCUUAUCUUCAGAAUAAUUCUGAGUUUUACACAAGAUUGUGUAAUUUUUACCUGCAUUAUUACCCGUGCUAAAUCAAUCAUGAGUCUUAGAAAAUGGUUUGUAAAUUAAUGUAUUAAAUGUUUCUAGAAAUCUGGCUUUCUAGAUUAAUCAGUUUUAAUUGGCUUUCUGGAUUACUCGGUUUUAA